AUGAGAGGUAGACAAACUCAGUCUGUGGGGUCUGGAGCUGGGAAAUCUAACCAGGGCCAAGUCAGACAAUGUCCUCAUUGUGGAAGAAAUCAUUUGAGAAUUUGUAGUAUUUUUGGAGCAUGCUUCAAAUGUGGGGACACCGAGUAUUUUAUCCGAGAUUAUCCCAUGAUAGCUGGUGAGCUUACGCAGCCAGAGAGGUCUGUUUCUACGACUCAGAGGGAAGAGAUUGCGUCAAAUAUUAUCAUUCACACUCUUGCCGCCAGUCUCCUCAGGCUGCAUUUUCAUGACUGUUUCGUCACGGGAUGCGACGUUUCCAUUCUGUUGAACCAUGAUGGGAGUGAGAGGAGAGCCGAGACGAGCAAAACUUUGAGAGGAUUCGACGUGAUCGACAAUAUCAGGCGGAGGUGGAGAAAUCCUGCCCUGAAACAGAAAGAUUCUAAGACUUCGAAUGAAACAGACGCCUACACGGUUCCGAUCAGUCGCGAAAAACUUAUAGAUCUGCUAGAGUUGUUCCAAUCCAAGGGUCUCAACAUAGUAGACCUGAGAAAAUGCAGAUGUGGAGGUGAUGAGUAUGUUGAUAUUGAUGCUACAACACCAACCACAUUCGACUCUGUUGAUCUUGAUGCUACAACACCAACUACAUUCGACUCCCAAUUUUAUGCCAAUCUGGAGAGAGAGAUGGGACUUUUAUCAACCGAUCAAAGGCUUUAUUCUGAUUCAAGGACUUAA